UUUUCCUUAUUUUUUCCCAAUAAUCUUCUUCUUCUUCAUCAUCUUUUGAUCGCAGUCUGGGCCUUUAGUCUCACGUUUCUGCGGAUGCCAUUCCUUGCCCUUUCUUAAUUCGCAGAAUCAGAGACAUUCUUAUAACAUAUAUAAUAAAAAAAGGGUGCAGUUCUUCUUAGUUCCCACCUUUGCAAGUUCAUUCGUUGACAUUUAGAGAGAGAGAAAUAGAAACAUAAAGAAUACAAAAUCAUAUUUCCGGUUACAGAGAGAAUUUUUUAAACUUGUUUUGGAAGGUGGGGAGGUAUUGCAUCUUCAGGCUUUAAAGGAUGUUGGGAGAUUUCAUAAACAGAUGCCUCUUGUUGUUUUUUGGGUAUGCAUACCCGGCAUUUGAAUGCUUCAAGUCGGCUGAGAAGAACAAAAUCAACAUGGAAGAAGUCAUAUUUUGGUGUCAAUAUUGGAUCAUUGUUGCACUAAUAACGGUUUUUGAAAGGUUUGGUGACUUUUUCUUGUCUUGGUUGCCGUUCUAUGGAGAGGCCAAGUUGGGAUUUUUCAUUUGGUUAUGGUAUCCCAAAACCAAGGGGACUUGCUUCAUGUACAACAACUUCUUAAAGCCAUAUGUGGCAAAGCAUGAGACCGAGAUAGAUAGAAAGUUGCAAGAAGUUAGAGCAAGAGUUUGGGAUUUCACCAUAUACUACUGGCAGAAUUGCGCCAAGUUGGGGCAAUCAACUAUCUUCCAAGUUCUGGAGCAGUUAGCUACUCAAUCUGUAAGGUUUGGCAAUGCUACCGCCACCAAGCAAACUCAAAAGAAAACUGGUAGCACUGUACCAGUCGCCCCGCCACCGCCAGAAUCUCCAUCAGCGAGAAGGAGCGGAAGUGGGCGGUGGACACCCAGAGCCGCAAGCAGAUUGAACCGAGAGUCAGGAGCUGCUGAUUCACCAAGAUUCCAGAGGCAACUCACUGGUGAGAUGAUGGAUGGAGACAAUGAUGAGCUCCAGCAGGCCAAGAUGAGGCUCCGACGAUCAACACCGAUUUCAUAAUCUCAGUGAAGAAGACUACAAAUUCUAUAUAAAAAAUAACUGUACAAAACCAUAUAUCAGAAACACGACAAAAAAAUCCAAAGAAGACAAUCAUAAAUGAAUUCCUUACUACUACCAACCCCAAGAGCUAAAAAACAAAUAGUACUGAUAAUUUUGUGUCAAUUACUUCAAGCAGCCAUUCAGUUUGUUCUUUUUUGCCCUUUUUAUAAUUUUGGUUCCGACUUUCUAGCCCAAUUGUUGUUUUAUUCUUUUUUGUACAUGAUCAUAUCAUUUAUUCAUUCUGUAUGAUCCACCUUAUUUGUAAGAGAACUGCAUAUAUGAGAAAGUAAAGAUUCUAACUUUCACCCCCAAAAAGUUAUUUUUGUUUCUCUCUAACCCCAAGUUCAUAUUAAGAUCACUAUGU